AGGAGGUACAGUGUAUCUACCUAUGCCUCCAUCUUGACCAGAAGUCUCAAUGUGGACCUUCUAUAGCUGAGGUGAGAAGCGAGUGCGAAGGGCUCUGAGGGCAUGCAGGCCAGUCAUGGAAGACUUCACAGAGGAGCUUUGGCUUUGCCAGGGACCCAGACUCGCUUCAGCCAGGAGCCAGUUGACCAGACUGUGGUGGCCGGACAGCGGGCCGUGCUUUCCUGCAUACUGCUCAACUACUCAGGAAUUGUGCAAUGGACCAAGGAUGGGCUGGCACUGGGCAUGGGCCAAGGACUCAAAGCAUGGCCGAGGUACCAGGUCGUGGGCUCUGCAGACACCGGGCAGUACAACCUGGAGAUCACUGAUGCCGAGCUCUCUGAUGAUGCUUCUUAUGAAUGUCAGGCCACCGAGGCUGCUCUGCGCUCCCGGCGGGCGAAACUCACCGUGCUCAUCCCUCCAGAGGAUACUAGGAUUGAUGGAGGUCCUGUACUUCUGCUGCAAGCAGGCACCCCCUACAACCUCACAUGCCGAGCCUUUAAUGCUAAGCCUGCUGCUACCAUCAUCUGGUUCCGGGAUGGGACUCAGCAGGAGGGUGCUGUGGCCAGCACGGAACUGCUGAAGGAUGGGAAGAGGGAGACCACUAUUAGCCAGCUGCUCAUUAACCCCACAGACCUGGACAUUGGGCGAGUCUUUACCUGCCGCAGCGUGAACGAGGCCAUCCCGAGUGGCAAGGAGACUUCCAUUGAGCUUGAUGUGCACCACCCUCCUACGGUGACCCUGUCCAUCGAGCCACAGACAGUGCAAGAAGGCGAGCAUGUUGUCUUUACAUGCCAGGCCACAGCCAAUCCUGAGAUCCUGGGCUACAGAUGGGCCAAGGGGGGCUUUUUGAUUGAAGAUGCUCAUGAGAGUCGCUAUGAGACAAACGUUGAUUAUUCCUUCUUCACGGAACCUGUGACCUGUGAGGUUUACAACAAAGUGGGCAGCACCAAUGUCAGCACCUUAGUAAAUGUCCACUUUGCCCCUCGGAUUGUAGUUGACCCUAAACCUACGACUACAGACAUUGGCUCUGAUGUGACUCUCACAUGUGUCUGGGUUGGGAAUCCCCCCCUCACCCUCACCUGGACCAAAAAGGACUCAAACAUGGUACUGAGUAACAGCAACCAGCUGCUGUUGAAGUCCGUGACCCAGGCAGAUGCUGGCACCUACACCUGCCGGGCCAUUGUACCUCGCAUAGGAGUGGCUGAGAGGGAGGUGCCACUUUAUGUGAAUGGUCCCCCCAUUAUCUCCAGUGAGGCAGUACAGUAUGCUGUUAGGGGUGAUGGUGGCAAGGUGGAAUGUUUCAUCGGGAGCACACCACCCCCAGACCGCAUUGCAUGGGCAUGGAAGGAGAACUUUCUGGAGGUGGGGACUCUGGAACGCUAUACGGUGGAGAGGACCAACUCAGGCAGCGGGGUGCUGUCCACACUAACCAUCAACAACGUCAUGGAGGCUGACUUUCAGACCCACUAUAACUGCACUGCCUGGAACAGCUUUGGGCCAGGCACGGCCAUCAUUCAGCUGGAAGAGAGAGAGGUGUUACCCGUGGGCAUCAUCGCUGGGGCCACCAUCGGUUCAGGCAUCCUGCUUACCACCUUCUUUAUUACCUUGGUGUUCUUCCUCUACCGGCGCCGCAAAGGCAGUCGCAAGGAUGUGACCCUAAGGAAACUGGACAUCAAGGUGGAAACAGUGAACCGUGAGCCACUCACAAUGCAUUCUGACCGAGAGGAUGAUACUGCCAGCAUCUCCACAGCGACUCGAGUCAUGAAAGCCAUCUACUCAUCCUUCAAGGAUGAUGUGGACCUGAAGCAGGACCUGCGCUGUGAUACCAUUGACACUCGGGAGGAGUAUGAGAUGAAGGACCCCACCAAUGGCUACUACAACGUGCGUGCCCAUGAAGACCGACCCUCUUCCAGGGCAGUACUCUAUGCUGACUACCGUGCCCCCGGCCCUGCCCGCUUCGAAGGCCGCCCCUCUUCCCGUCUCUCUCACUCCAGCGGCUAUGCCCAGCUCAACACCUACAGCCGGGCCCCAGCUUCUGAUUAUGGCCCAGAGCCCACAGCCCCUGGCCCAGCUACCCCAGCUGGCACCGACACAACCAGCCAGCUGUCCUACGAGAACUAUGAGAAGUUCAGCUCCCAUCCCUUCCCUGGGGCAGCAGGGUAUCCCACCUAUCGAUUGGGCUACCCCCAAGUCCCACCCUCUGCCCUGGAGCGAGCCCCAUUCGAGGCAUAUGACCCUAUUGGCAAGUACACCACAGCCACUCGAUUCUCGUACACAUCCCAGCACUCGGACUAUGGCCAGCGCUUCCAGCAGCGCAUGCAGACUCAUGUGUAGGGGCCAGAGCCUAGCUGGGGCAUCUCUGCGGGGCAGAGGAGAAGCUGUUCCCUGAUAUUCAGGGGCGUGCGUUGCUCAUUGCUCCUGUCCCCAACCAACCUUCCUCCUCCUGCCAUGGAAGGUGGGAAAUAGAUCUCCCAGAAACACCCCAUCCAAGGAUGGUGCUGUAUGUAUGCCUCAGCCUCCUGGGCCUGCCCUUCCUUCUUCUUCAAGAGGAUGUGCAUGUUCUGACCUGCACUUGCAUCUGGGGAUGGGGAAAGUGAAGGUUAUGGGCAGCAGAGAGGGGACUUUUAGCAUUCCCUUUCUAUGCUAACCCUGUGGUCUCCAAUAAGUGAAUCGGGGAUUCAUGUAAGAAUAGAUAGGCUUUGGCCUGGGGGACAGGAAGUGUAGGGCUGAAUGGCUAUGGUACAUAUAGAUGGAAACAGAUGGCCUGGCCAGUCGGUCUGUUAUCUGCACUUACAGCCUGGUGCAUCUCUCCUUCCUCAGGACUGCAGAAGGGACUUUAUUCUAUCCUUGUCUAUGGAACAGCCUGUCACUGAGUUCAAAUUCAGCCCUCAUUCACCUGAGAUUAAAUUGCCAAUCAUCCUGGCUGCCCAUUAUGGACACCUAUCUGUCAAUCUGCAGAGGGAUCCAGAUGUCUCCAUUAUCACUACCCCCUUUCCUUCUCCUUUAUGCUGGGCUAGCCAGAUAAGUCAGAAGGUCAUGGUGGAAGACGGAAAGGCUAGGACUCAUGUCCCAUUUUACCAGCAAGACAACUGUGUGUUACCUACCACUUUUCAGAACCCACACUAGGGGAGCCUACCCAAACCCCAUUCUCUCCCUAGUCUGCCUCACUUAACUUAUUUGAACUCUGGAGCUUGCCUGAGGAGUUGCAGAUGAAAGGAUAGGAGUACUAUAGAAUAUUUAUCAAAGAAUAAAAUGAAAACCUCAUUUGUAAAAAAAAAAUAAUAAUAAAUAAA